GGAGAGGGAGAAAGACGCCAGCUCCACACAAGCCGAGCGCAUCGAUGCCGCGCUUUACGUUUCAUCGGUGUUUUUGUCGCUUUCUCCCGCUGCUGCUGCUGCUGCUGUCAUCAGGCUCGUUUACCUCGAGUGUUUCUAAUAAUUGUUAAAAAAAUACAAACACUUGAGUGUUUUUAAAUAAUCUCCAGUCCGACAGAAGGAGAAAUGUGGCGGCGCUGCGUUCAGCCGGUUUGUUCUCUGGUGCGUAAUUGAUCCGUGUAAACAGACGAGGACUGACGAUGUCGCCUGUAACAGAUCCAUCACACAAAAGUGUGGAGAAUCCUGAGCUGUGAGUGUGGUUUUUGGACUUCCUACAUUUGUCGUUUCAUGACGUCCUUCACAGCAGCCGCACACUGAGUAAUCCUCAUCAUCAUCAUCAUCAUCAUCAUGGAGGACAAACGCAAGAAGCGCAGCCCAAAGGUGUCGCUCCCGCAGCCCCCUCCUCCCCCCAUCAACCCCCGCAAGGUCUCCGUGCUGCCGGCCAGCAAAAGUGCCACCUUCUCUCUGGGCCUGCCGCAGCCGCCCUCCCCGAAGAACAGGGGCAAGUAUAAGAGGUCCAUAGGUGCGCCAGGACAGUCGAAAGAGGUGUUUGCAGCCGUCGUCGUAGCUCCACCAAAGAUUACCAGGCCCCACAAAGAGAAGCCCAGGGCCCCGCAGCCAGCAGGGCCCAGUAAAGUGGUGCAGUCUUCCCCCCUGCAGCACUCUUUUCUUACGGAUGUCUCAGACGUGAGGGAGAUGGAGGGCGGGCUCCUCAACCUCCUCAACGACUUUCACUCAGGCAAACUGCAGGCCUUUGGUAAGGUGUGCUCCUUCGAGCAGCUGGAGCACGUGCGCGAGAUGCAGGAGAAACUCGCGCGCUUGCACUUCAGCCUCGACAGCCACGUGGAGGAGCUCUCCGAGGACCAGAGGAAGUGCGCGUCCGACCACAACCUGGAGCACCUGCUCAGCAACCUGGAAGAGCUCAGCACCUCAAUACAAAAGCUCCACUUGGCCGAGAACCAGGACCUGCCCAAGACAUCUGGUCCCUGACAAAGUGAUGUGGAGAGAGGUUUGGCAACAACGCACUUACCUCGCAACAUCUAACCAGUCCAGGUUGUCAUGGCGUCGAUCCAGCUGCUUUAGUGACAGAAAAGAGUUUGAGCUUUUUCCUUUUCCAGUCGGUCAGUGAAUCCAAGGAUGGAUGGAUCCUGUACCUUCAAGCAGCACAGCAUUUAGAGUACCAAAACUAUAAACGCCACAUUUUUGUUUCGUUUCAACUACUAACUCUGCUUCUGUGCGGCCGUUUUCCUUCAGAAAAAGCACAUUUCCUAAAAGAGUCUUCUUAUUUUACGUCAUGCCAUGUCUGGUGCAUAGAUGAAGAGGGUUGAGCACACGUGUAAACUGUUGUUUUAAAGGUCCAGUGUGUAAGACGCGGUGAGACAGCAGAGUGCGACUCCUAAAAGCUUCCCCACGUGCAUUCAGGGAACUACAGUAGCCUUCACACACCAGAAAAGGAUGUAAAUAUUCUUCCACUUACCCACACCCACACUCUCUCUCUUUCUCUGCUGUGUCCUUCUUCUUUGUUGGUUUAUUCACAGGUUUUUGCGUGGGUGGAGCAGUAAAGCUGCUGUAGAGACAUCGCAACCUUAACCUAAAGUGCAACAUAAAAUACUUAUAUUUAGUAAUAUUUUUCUUAUACUAACAUACAUGUGGGUAGUAAAUUCAAUUUCUGCCACCCUAAAUGUUACACACUGGACCUUUUAAAGGACAUUUUCACCCUGUCAUUUUUUUAUACCUUUGCUCAAAGAAUAUACCGAGUGGAUUUUAAUAACCUUUCUUAGAAAAGGUCUGUACACAAAACAAAUUGUAUGUAAAUGAGUUGAGGUACUGCGUUUGCUUUGGUUUUAUUAUUGCCAUUAACAAAAGGGCCUGUAGCAGCACAAACACCCCCACCCUGCGGCUGAUAAGCUAUAAAAUCCCUGUCUUUGCUAAACGCAGGUGCGACACAGGUUGACGACAUGUCCACUCUGUGGUGGACAGCACGUUCACAGAGCAAUGCGACAAGCAUAAACCACUGUGCAGGACAAUGUCAAAAUGGCAGCUACUUUCGAUACGAUAUUGGAAGGACCCAAUAAUUGUACGAUGGUUAUGUCUUUUUACUGCUUGCUACCUCUUAUCCCAGGCCUUGGAAUAUUCUCAGCUUUAUACAGCAUGCAGAUACAGUCACAAAACAUCAGAAAAGCUCUAUAUUCUCAUGACUAUUCAAUGCCUGUAUCAAUAAAUAAAUAAAUAAAAAGGCAAAAGGCUGUAAUGA